AGAUACUUUACUCAAUUGACUAGAGGAUGUAAUGAGACAAUAGAUAAACAUUCGAUAUAUUGUUGCCAUAAUCCACAAUGUACAAAGAUAUUGGAUCCUAAUGUGGCUGCGGUAAAGUCUAUUGAAUACGCCAAUAAGCAUAAGGACCAGUAUCUGUGUAUGUAUAUGAUGAUACUGCAGCAACGAGACGACAUUAUCAAAACAUUGUCGGAUUCAGCGAUCAGCCUAAGCAAGACAGUGAAGAACAACCCACAGACAAACUCGAUGGAGAUAUUGAAGCCAUAUGUAUUCCUGUUGCAGAAUCCACUCGUCUAUGACCUAGACAACUCCAAGAUACUGGAGUACUUCUGCGUCGGUCUCACCAACCUGGACACACCACUGAUGAAUACACUUGGUCUUUGGUUAUUGACAUUCUCCAAAGAGCAACUCAUCCAGCUACUCACCAACUUUGAACAGUUCAUCUCUGUACGUUUGGUAACGGCUGAGAACAUCAAACUAGUAUCGGAUAUUCCUAUCAUUGGUGCGUGUGCAUUCCUCGAGUUACUGUGUAAGGAAUACUUGGUGUUCCAAGUUCGUCGAGAACACAUCAUCAAUGAUGCAUUAAAUAAUACACGACAGAUACAAAGGAAUAAGACAUCAGAGGAAAUGAAGAAGGAGUUGAAGAUACAGUUUAAAGGAGAGGAUGGUAUUGAUCAGGGUGGCGUGCAGAAGGAGUUCUUCCAGAUCGUCGUACGCAAGAUCUUUGAUACAGAGUUUGGCAUGUUCAUCUACAACGAUAAGCUGAGGACCUGGUGGUUCAAUCCAAACUCUCUUGACAAGUUGGAGUUUGAGUUGAUUGGAAUCAUACUUGGACUGGCGUUGUAUAAUAACAUUAUCCUGGACGUACACUUCCCUCUCGUUGUAUAUAAGAAGUUGCUGGGCAUACCAGUGUCGCUGGAAGAUGUCGAAUCAAUUGAACCGGAAAUAUAUCAAAGCCUAAUCACACUUAGAGACACGACAGACGACGUCUCUGAAUGGAUGACCUACUUCUCCGUCACCUCUGACAGCUUUGGCGAGACAAAGACCAUUGAGCUCAAGCCAGGUGGUGAUGAAAUACUCGUCACCAACUCAAACCGACAAGAGUACCUCAAACUAUACACAAAGUAUUUGUUGGAUUCUUCAAUCUCUAAACAAUGGGACGAGUUCUAUAAGGGCUUCAAGUUGGUGUGCGACUCUCCACUGCUACAGUUGCUCAGAUCAGAGGAGCUGGAGGACUUGAUAUGUGGCGUGGAGGACUUGGACUUUAAGGAGCUGGAGAAGAUCACCAUGUACGACGGUGGCUACACGCACACUGACCAGACGAUCGUCUACUUCUGGGAGACGGUGCACGCAUUCUCCAACGAUAUGAAGAGAAAGUUCCUGUCGUUCUCCACGGGCUGUGACCGCGUGCCCUAUGGAGGACUGUCCAAGAUCCAGUUCUCCAUCCACAAACAGAUCGACAGCGACCGUCUGCCCUCAGCACACACCUGCUUCAACGCCCUCAUUCUCCCAUGCUAUCCAACCAAAGAGAAGCUUGAAGAGCGUCUCUCCAAAGCGCUCAACAACUCUGAAGGCUUUGGUCUGAAGUGA